UUUCUCAACCGGAAAAUCGUCAAUUAGUGCAAACGCCGUGAGGAUGGAACCCAGAACCUACUCCUACUCGUCCGCCAGUUUCUACGUGAUCGUUGAGCCUUCCGUCAUUGAUGACGGCCAACUUCGCAUGCCAGAUCCCUUUGUCCAGGAACAUGGAGAUGAACUCCUUGAAACUGUCAAGCUUAUUGUUCCGACUGAUGAUUUUUGGUGUGUGAAUGUGAAGAAGGUUGGUAAAAUGAUUUGGCUUCAUGAUGGUUGGCGAGAAUUUAUGGAACAUCAUUCUAUCGGGUGUUGGUACUUUUUACUCUUCAAAUAUGGGAAGAACUCACAUUUCAAUGUUCACAUAUUUGACCUCAACGCUACUGAGAUUGAUUAUCAAUGUAAGGAUCAUGGUAAUGCUAAAUUAGGUGCCAUUAGUCAGAGCCUGUCUUACGGGAAGGAAAUAAUCUGCUGUGUUGGUGAUGAUAAAGAUGACGAAAGCUCUGUUGAAAUUGUGGAUCCCUUGGAAACUGAGCAAGGACCAGAGAGUUCAGCUAAGUCAUCUAGAGCCAAAAGAUGUAAAAUUUUACCUAGGAGUAAAUUUUGGCAUUUCUAUGAUACAAGAAGCAGAACAAACAAAUUGCAUGACGAGGGACGGGUAUUAAGUGAAAAGAAUUUAAACAUAUUGGGCGGUAGCAAUUUAACUAAGCCACUUGUGGGAAAAUUAGUUCAGCAAAAUAUGGAUACUCCUAUAUAUUCUGCAGUGGUAACUGGAGGUGUGACUAAUCAAGAUAAUGCACAAGUGGGAAGUGAAAACGAUAUACUUCAGCUCAAUGAAAGUAAGCAUAAGAUACACUUGGACCAAUAUAUUCAAAUAGAACCAAUUGCAGAUACAAGGAAAUCAUUCACUGGCCAGCAAUGGGAGAAGUCUGUAAGGCGUGGAAGGCCUCACAAACGAGGACGAGCUAAAGCAACAGAAACAAACAGGGCCAUUAAUGCCGCCAAAAUGUUCAAGCCGGAAAAUCCUUACUUCAUGCAGAUUCUUGUAGAAUAUAACGUAGUACGGAACCGUAUUCUGAAUAUACCAGCUAAUUUUGUCCGAGAGUAUAUGCCAAAGACUUUAGAACUAAUUGAACUUCAAGAUUCUGCUGGAAAUAAGUGGAAAGCUCGUUGCAUUAGGAGGAAAAUGCAUCUGUUUUUAAGCGAAGGAUGGUUUAAAUUUGUUAGGGAUAAUGGUUUAUUGGUAGGAGAUGCUUGUGUCUUUGAGUUGAUCAAGGACCUUAAGACUGAUGAGCUUAUGCUGAAGGUGCACAUAUUUCGCUCUAGGGUGGAAGAAAAGUCAACAAACUUACAAACUUGUAGCGUAUCUGAACCAACACUUUCUAUUGGAAAAAACUGUCUUCAGUUCAACGAAAGUAAGCAUACGGAGACUUCAGAUGCAUUCGGACCUGUAUCUUCAAAUAGAAAGCAAUUGCAAGAACGAUACAAAGAAAUCAUUCACCGGCCAGCAACAGGAGAAAUCUGUAGGGCAGGGAAGGCCUUAUAAUCCUCGCAAAAGAGGGCGACCAAAGGCUGCAGAAGCGAACAUGACCAUUAAUGCUGCCAAAAUGUUAAUGCCAGCAAAUCCUUACUUCAUGACAAUUCUUGGAGUAUAUAAUUUGUUAGAAGUUUGGCAAAAUGCCAAAGUCCCACAUAUGUUGGGAGAAGAGUUGGGGGAUUUUUCCCCCUAUAAAAGAAGGCCUAAUAUUUAGGAUUUAAACACACCCCUCAUUUGUC